CAAUGGGUGUGCAAUCCCUGGUCUCCCCCUCCAUACCAGUCAAUGAGUGAAUGGACUGAACUGUUGACAACAGUUUGUGUGAUUGUCUUGUGGUUACAUUUGCACUAAAUCUACACAUCUAUUACAUUAUCGCUACUAAAUUGCACUUAACAUACACUUAUGUCUCACAAUUGAUCCCGAAUUGUCUUCAUGAGUGAUUCCCAUUUGACAAUAAAUCCGUAGAAAUGAGUAAUAUUUACAUUCAAGAGCCGCCAACUAAUGGCAAAGUAUUAUUGAAGACAAGUGUGGGUGACAUCGACAUCGAGUUGUGGUCACGAGAGUGUCCGAAGGCGUGCAGAAACUUCAUUCAGUUAUGUCUUGAAGGCUAUUACGACAACAAUAUCUUCCAUCGUCUGGUCAAAGGGUUUAUCGUUCAGACGGGAGACCCCACGGGAACCGGAAUGGGAGGCGAGUCUGCCUUUGGACAGCCCUUCAAAGAUGAGUUCCACUCGAGGCUGCGGUUCGUGCGAAGAGGUCUGGUAGCCAUGGCUAACAGUGGCGUCAAAGACGACAACACGAGUCAGUUCUUCUUCACACUGGACUCGUGUCCGGAACUCCAGAAUAAACACACGAUCUUCGGGAAAGUGACCGGAAAUACCAUCUAUAAUAUGAUUAAAUUGGAUGAAAGCCAAGUCGACCAAAACGAGAGGCCGUUAUUCCCACACAAAAUCAAUUCAACGGAAAUCCUUUUGAAUCCCUUUCCGGAUAUCGUUCCCCGAAUGAAGGAGAAGAAGGUCGAGAAAGUGGAGGAGAAGUCCAAAUCGAAGGCAACGAAAAACUUUAGUCUCCUUUCGUUCGGCGAAGAGGCCGAAGAAGAAGAGGAGGAAGUGAUGAAAACGGCGCAAGAGUUUCGCGGAAAGAGUAAAAGUAGUCACGAUUUGCUUAAAGAUGACCCCAAACUCAGUGCUCUGCCCGCUGUCGACACCAAUGAGUUGAUGACUUCGGACGAAGACAUCGAAGACAAGAAAGACAAUCAGACAGAGGAUAGCAGUGAACAGAAGAGCGAGAGAUUGGAUCGAAUCAAAGCUAAGCUCAAGAAAGGCGUGAAGGAAGAGAAAACUGAGGAAAUUCUGGACAAAGACGAGGAGGAGUUCUUCGAGAACGAGAAACGACUAAAACUCGAGAAACAGGACUCGUGUCCGCUACUUAAAGUGAGGGAUGAAUUCAAGGCAUUGAAGAGACAGAUGUGCGCUGAGCUCAAGAAGAAGUGCGAGAAAGUAACCAAAUGUAAGAUCUAUGACAACCCGGCCGUCCAAGAGUUCAUAGAGGAGGCCAAGAAGUAUAAGGAGGCGUCCAGUAAUUUGCCUAAAAAGGGUUGUCCCAAACGAGAAUCAUUGUGUAUGCAAUUAUUAGAGAAAUUCAAGACUCGUCUCUUGACUACGAAAGAGAGAAAAACCUCGGAGUCGGAGGAAAAAGAGGGCAACACAUCAUCCGAUUGGCUCUCACAUCACCUCCAAUGCCAGAAAGAGGAGACCAUUCUGGCCAAAGACGCCAACUUAAGGAACGAAGAGGACUGGUAUGACAUCUAUGACCCCAGAAAUCCCAUCAAUAAGAGGCGGCGCGAAGAGGGGCUCGAGAAGAAUGUGAAGAAACCUCGCGUUAAAUAAUUGUUUCGAUUUCAUUAUAAAUACUUUCAUAGAAACCAUAUUAUUAUCGAUUGUUUUCUAAGAUUUAUUUUUACGCUUUCAGACAAUUUAUCACUUAUUUAUCACUUCCAAUGACUACAGAAU